CGAUUUUCUUCUGUUGUUUAUUAUUUAGUUGAAAAGUUUUUUGAGCUAUUUUCUAGGUUUUCAUGUUGUUGAAGAAGUUAUCUAUUAGAUUUUAUAGUACAUCGAGCGAAGAUGUCAGCAACAUUCAAAAAUUCGAAAAAGAUGGUUCAGCAGGAGCAGCUGCGGAAGAUGAUGAAGGAACACAAAAAAGUCCUGAAAGAACCAAAAAAAAUUGAAUCACCACUGGCAAAAUAUAAUGAUCUAGGACAACUUACUUGCAUAUUAUGUAAAAGCGUGGUCAGAUCAGAGGCGGUAUGGUUAGUUCACGUAAAUGCAAAGCAACAUAAACAGAAUGUUGAAGUAGCAAAAAAACUAAAGGAGAAAACCAAUAAUUUCACCACGCCAUUAAAAAGGCCUUUAACACCGCCAUUACCUGAUGUUCCAGAGAAAAAAGUGAAAGGUAUCUUAAAAAAUGCAAAGCAACCACAGCCAUCUAGCAGUACAAUUGAAAUUAGUGAUAGAAAGCCAGAGGCAAUUAAAGAAGCCAAUAAUGCCAAAAUAGAUUUGAUUAAAAAUAAGGAUUCCAAAGAGGUUGCAGUAAGUACGCCGACAGGGGCGGAAGAGAUGGAUACAAGUGCUCUUCCAGAAGGAUUUUUUGAUGAUCCAGUAUUGGAUGCAAAGGCAAGAAAUCAGGAAUACAAAGAUCCGGUGGAAGUAGAAUGGGAUAAAUUUCUCAAAGAGAUGAAGAUUGUUGAGGAUAAGAGUGAAGCUAUAAUAGCGGAUGAUCAAGAUGAAGCAACAGCAGACAGACACAUUGAAGAAAUUGAUGAACAAUUGAUGCUUCUUAACAAAGUAUUGGAUUUAGAAAAGAAAAAAGAUGAAGCUAUUGAGCUGUUGAACAAAUUGAAAAAUGAACCUAAAAUGGAUGAAGAAGAAAUCGAUGAUGAUGUAGACGAAUUUUUAGAUUGGCGGCAAAAGAAAUCAUUUUGACCGGGCACAUACUUCCAGAAUAAUUUUCAUAUUUUGUUUAAAUUUUAUUUUAUUUUUUCAAAUUUGAUCUAUAUAUUAUUAAGUAUAAUGUGAUUUACUUAGUUGUACAUAUUUGAAAUAAAUCAAGAUGAGAAAUUGAAAAAAUAAAUAUUUAUUCUAAUCAUUUGAC